AUGACCUCCGAGAGCUCUGCGUCGCCCUCGCCGGACCAGCAGCGCAAGCAGGAGAAGCGCGAGCGCAAGCGAGAAAAGAAGGAGAAGAAGCGCGAGCGCAAGAGGGAGAAGAAGCGCCGGCGCGAGCGCCCGCGCGCAGAGGCGCCGCUCGAGGAGGCGACGGCGGACGUUGCAGGGCGCGAGUUCUGUAGCGCGCUGCGGCUGGGCCACGCCGCGGAGGUCGCGGCGCUGCUGCAGUCGCGGCCGGGCCUGCUCCGGAUGCGGAUUUGCCUGCCGGGCGAGAGCGAGCUGGUGCGGCUGCUCGCGCCGGCGACGGUGUGGUCGGUGGUGCACGAGGCGGUAUUUCGCUGCACCACCACGGGGGAGCGGAUGGGUACCACUGCGCUCGCGCGCCUCUCCGAGCGCGGCGCCGUGAGCCUGCAGAUCGCACAGCCCGCCACGAGUCGCGUCUCUUCACGGGCAGAGUUGUCGACAGGCGCCGUCGGCGUGCUCGCCUCGGUCCUCCGCAGCUGCGACGACCAGAGCCUCGAUGCCUCCCGCCUCGUGCCGACAGACGCCGCCGACGCCGCCGACGCCGACGCCGACCUCAUCGACGGCCAGUCCCUCAGCGCACACGACGCCGUUCCGCCAAAGCGACGUCGCGCGUCCGUUUCCUCCUCCUCCGCCGCCGCCGCCGCUGCCGCCGCUGCUGCCGGCGGGAGGACGUCACUCGACGCGCCUCCGGCGGACUGGCUCGACUCGAGGCUCGACGAUUCGCGCGCCGCGCCGCCUCCUCCCAACCAGCGGGCGAGGGUGGUGGAGGAGGCGCCGCUGCACGCGCCGCUGCACGUGGCCGCCUGGCGGGGCAGUCAGCCGGCGGUCGAGAUGCUGCUCAUCGCAGGCGCAGACCUGCUCGCCCCCUCCGCCGCCUCGGGCCUGCUCCCGGUCCACGUCGCCUGCGACCCCCGCUCGCCCGCCUACCAGCAGGCGGACGCGGGCGGCGCCGGUCCGUCCGACGUGGCUGCGCGGCUGCGAGCGGACGUGCCAGCCGCGUUUUGGAGCCGCGGCUGCGACCCGGCACCGCUGGGCAUCGCGCCGCCGCCCAGCUCGUACAGCGAGAGGGUGGCUCGGCGGCUGGCGUCAUACCGCGACCUGGACAACCCACUCGGGGAGGGGGAGUACGACUACUAG